AUGCUGCCUUAUGCCACCGUCGACGCGGCGGAAGCCGCCCUCGGCCGACCCCUCACGGCGGCCGAGGCGCUCUGGCUAAGAUACUCCGCCACCAAGUCCGACUACUUCCUCUACUGCCACAACAUCAUCUUCCUCUUCCUCAUCUUCUCCAUUGUCCCCUUUUACUACCUCUUUCUCGAGCACUUCUUCGGUAAAUCCGUCGGACCUUACAAAAUCCAGCCCAAGGUGAAGCUCUCGUUCCCCGAUGCAAUCCGCUGCUACAAAUCGGUUAUGCGCAUGUUCUUUCUGAUUGUGGGUCCCCUUCAGCUUGUCUCCUACCCCUCCGUCAAGUUGAUAGGAGUAAGGACGAGCUUGCCAUUGCCUUCAUUAUGGGAAAUCUUGCUGCAAUUGGGGGUUUAUUUCAUCGUCGAGGACUACACAAACUAUUGGAUCCAUAGGUUUCUGCACGGCAAGUGGGGGUACGAGAAAAUUCACAAGGUUCAUCAUGAAUACACAGCCCCAAUCGGUUUUGCGGCGCCGUAUGCUCACUGGGCAGAGGUUUUGAUCCUCGGGAUCCCAUCUUUUCUUGGGCCCGCUAUGGUCCCGGGCCAUAUCAUUACUUUCUGGUUGUGGAUUGCCUUGAGGCAGAUUGAGGCGAUUGAGACUCACAGUGGGUACGACUUACCUUGGACUCCAACGAAGUAUAUCCCUUUUUACGGGGGUCCAGAUUACCAUGAUUACCAUCAUUAUGUUGGUGGACAGAGUCAAAGUAAUUUUGCAUCAGUAUUUACCUAUUGCGAUUACAUUUAUGGCACUGACAAGGGAUACCGCUAUCAAAAGAAGGUUCUCCAGCAGUUGCAAGAGGAACAAAAAUCCAAGAUUCGACAAGACAAAGUUUUACGAGAGGAAUCUGCACAAGGUUAUAAAGUUGACUGA